AAAACAACCAGACCCAGGAGAAGAAGAUGGAGGAAGCAGAAGAGGAUGACAUGACAUGUGGAGACUUGGGAAACGGACUUGGGAGAAGACCUGCAGGUGUUUAUGAAGGGGAAAAUUUACAAAACUCCUAUUCAUUUAGACCUAGGAAGGGAUCUGGAAAGGUUUGCAAUUCCCUCUUGUCAGCAAAGAGAGUGGAAGAAAGUGAUGCUGCAGCUCUUCCCGGUUCAAAGCGAAACAGUUUUUACGAUGGAUCAUCCAAAAAGCCUGUUACUAGUUCCACACGACAAAGUAGCUGUGAAUCUAAUACUGAAGUGUCAAAUGAAGAACUAAAGCAACAACUUCAGGAAGCUCUAGAGGAAGUUGAAAUUUUGAAAGUUGAGCUUGAAGCAUCUCAAAGACAGCUUGAAGGAAAAGAUGAAGCCCUAAGAAUUCUGCAGAGCAUGGCAGUAUUUAAUAAAGCCACUAGUCAUACAAAAGCAAUGCUUCAAAAAACUGAGGAAGAGAAGAGAACUUUAGAAAAGGAAAUAAAUAUUUUGCAAUGGGAAAUUGAAUUUGAUCAGGAUAGAUUUAAAAACAUAGAAGACACAUGGACAGAAAAAUAUGACAGGAUAUAUUGUGAAAAUGCAGCUCUUAAAGAAGCACUGAAACUGAGAACAGAAGAAGUUAAAACUCUUAAAGCUGAAAAUGCAAUCCUGAAUCAGCAGUGCUUGGAAUUUCUGGCAAUGCUAGAUGUGAAACAACAGAAGGUUGUUCAGGAAAACAUGUCCUUGAAUAAAAGUGACAUUACAGAUUUUACAGGUCUUGAACUGGCAGUUCUUGGAGCCUGCACCUGCAAUACUGCUGGAGGGCAGCCUUGUCCCUGUGCUAAAACGGCAGCUGUAACUCGAAAGCAACUUCUUCAUCUCAAGCAAGAGAUUGAAAAUCUGAAGAAGAGUAAAGAUGAAGCUUAUAUAAUGGCAGAUGCCUUCAGAAUUGCAUUUGAGCAGCAGCUAAUGCAGAGGAAGGACCAAGCCCUGAGGCUUGCAGAAGUGAUAAAGAUUAAGAAGGAAACGAAAUUUAUAAACUGGAGACGUCUGAAAGACGAUGGGCAUGUCAAGUUACAAGGGAACAAGAACAGUCUGGGGCAAAAACUAUCCAGCCUGCUCUCAUCAGAUGUGGACUGUAGGAAGGUUGAAGAGCUCGACAAUCCUCAUGAAAUCCUGAAGAUGUUAAUAGAUUUGGUAAAUGACAAAGAGGAGGCUCUGGCUCAUCAAAGAAAGGUUAGUUACAUGCUGGCUCGUGCAAUGGAGAUGAAAGAGGAUGUUUUGGAACAGGAUAGAGGAAAUGGCACGCUGGGGAGUCGUCAGUAUGAAGCCCAGGGGUCAUCGGGCCCCAUACAUGCCUGCUGCCAAAACCUCCGUUCUCAAAACAGUAUUUCUUCAGUUCCCAGUGCAAAAACAUUUGAAAAUCCGGUAAAAAUGCUUCGAAAGUCACACUCCUGGCCGUCCGAGGCUACACACUGUGAAGAAAAUCCACGUGGAAAAGCAGACGAAACUGUAGUGAUCUCUAUAUAG